AUGAAUCAAACAUACAAAAUCUUAAGGGUGAGAACCCUAAGAGAUGGUGGAGUGAACCCUAAGAGAUGGUUAAGUGGUAUGAAAGAAAAGAACAGCGAUCUGUCCAGUCAAAUAAAAAUCGACAAGUUCUCUAACUUUCCACAACGUGAACAGGCAAAUAUCAUUAAUACAGCUUUCUUGAAGCCCAUUGAGGAGUACAGAUUGGUCGUUCCACCACCAUGCCGCGACUUGGAAGAAUCAACGGAGGUCCUAACUGUGACAGAAAUGUGCGUAGAGAAGGCCCUAGCAAAACUCAACCCUGGAAAAGCGUCUGGUCCUGAUAACAUUCCAAAUUGGCUCGUAAGAGAUUAUUCCAGAAUUUUUGCUCUCCCAAUUAUGAAUAUUAUUAAUACUUCAUAUCGUGAACAGCAAUUGCCUGCAUGCUGGAAGAUGGCAGAUGUAUCACCACUGCCCAAGAAGAAGCCGGUUAAGGACCUAAAGAAAGAUUUAAGACCAAUCUUGUUAACCCCUAGCGUAUCCAAGGUUGCGGAGGGGUUUGUGGUUGAGGAUUAUGUGAAGCCUGCCAUUUUAAAAGUUAUCGACCCAAACCAGUACGGAACAAUCCCGAAUUCAUUCUACUACUAUCGCGCUAAUUAAUAUGUUACAUUACUGGUUUUUAGGAACAGAUGGAAAUGGCUCAACCAUUAGGACAAUUCUGUUUGACUAUCGUAAAGCAUUCGACCACGGUAUACUGAUUGAUAAACUAAGCAGAUUGGAAUUACCUCCAAGUGUUAUAAACUGGAUAAUUGAUUUUCUCACCGACAGAUUUCAAAGAGUUAAAUUAGCUGAUGAUUGUUUUUCGGAGUGGGGAUCAGUCCCUGCAGGAGUACCACAGGGAACUAAGCUAGGCCCCUGGCUGUUUGCUCUUAUGAUAAAUGAUUUAAUCAUUGAUGAUGCACAUACCUGGAAAUACGUAGACGAUACGACAGCGUCCGAAAUUGUCAGUAAGGGGGGUACUAGUGAUGCCCAAAAUCUAGUUGAUCAAGUGGUUACGUGGUCUAGUAAUAAUAGAGUACAAUUAAAUCAAGACAAGGGUAAGAAAUUGAGAAUAUUGUUCGCGAAUCCACCAGCAAUCUUUGAUCCAUUAACGGGAAAGAAUUGGAAGUUGUUAAAACAGUAAAGCUGCUAGGACUCACUGUCAAGGACAACCUUACUUGGAAUUCUUAUGUGGACGAGGUUAUAAAGAAAGUGAAUAAAAGAUUGUACUUUUUAGUGCAAUUAAAUCAGGCGAGAGUUCCACCACAAGAUUUAGCGCUGUUCUAUACGUCGUGUGUCAGGUCAGUUGUGGAUUACGCGAUUCCUGCCUUUUACCAUUGUCUCCCCCAAUAUCUGAAGCGCGAGCAAUAUUAGAAGCUCGAGAAAAGAGCUAUAUCAAUUAUUAUGCCGGAAGUUGACUAUCUAACAGGUUUGGAACGAUUAGAUAUUAAGCCCAUGAAGGAUCAUCAUGAAUAUUUGUGACAAACUUUUUAAGUCUAUUAUUCUUAAUCCUGAUCACAAACUUAAUAGCUUAUUACCAGCAAGAUAUAACAUGAAUUAUAACCUGAGAAACCAAAGGAACUUCAACCCCCCACAAAUCAUGACUAAUAGAACAAUGAAUUCCUUAUGUGUAGCGCAUGAGACUUGGUGUUUAUUUAUUGGAUGUUCAUAUACAAUUAUUAGUGUAAAUUAGCCUUUUAAACUUUUUAUCGUAAUUACUAUUACAAUAGUCAUACAAUUGUCAGAGUAAAAUACACAUACAAUUAGUAAAUUAACCUUUUAAACUUUUUACUGUAAUCAGUAUUAAAAUAGUAAAUUAUUCAUGUAAUAUAUCAAAUUUUCUUGUCCAAUUAGCAAAUUGUAAAUUACACAAUUCAGCUGUAAAGCUGCGAUGUAAUUAUUUUAAUAAAUCCAAAUCCAUCCUUCGUUCUUCUAACAAACCUUCUACAUAUAGUUCAGUUGAUAAAAACGAAGGGAGUGCAAAUCAAAAAAUAAUCCAUAAGUGAUAUCAUAUAUAUCUAAAUAUUUUUUGUUACAGGUUUUGGUAUUAGAAUUAUACCAUGAUAUCAUGUUGCGGUACCUGAGAAUGGGCGUUGGUCAAUUCCUUCGGGAUUUCCGAAAGGACUACAAAUUAAAGAAGUCCCUCGCACACCGGAAAGCUGUUCUGCAGAAAAAGGAGAAAGCGAACGUGAAAAAAAUGAAAGUACACAUGCCACAAAUCGAACAGGACAAAAAUCGCAACAAGCAACUCUCUCAUUUGCAGCUUCGUGCCUUGGUGGGCAAUAUAAAGGCAUUAGGAAUGAGAGCCAUGUACAACUUUGUGAUGCAUACAAUGUACGGUUCAUGUCAAGAUGGAACAAAAUCAAACUAG